AUGGCCUGUGGCACUGACGGCGUGUGCGAUUGCUCGACGGGAACGACUGUCGACUGCGGAAGCCGAUCUCUCACAACCAUUCCAGACGGAAUCCCAGUCACCACAACAGAUCUGCGUCUUCACCUCAACCUGUUCACCAGUGUUGCUGCCAACGCAUUCUCGGGCCUCACUGCGCUGAAUAGCCUGUUUCUAUCCAACAACCCAAUCACAAGCAUAGCUGUCAAUGCAUUCUCGGGCCUCACUGCGCUGACACAAUUGUCUCUUGCUGGCAACCCGCUCACCACCAUUCCUGAUAACACAUUCACAGGCCUGACUGCGCUGACGCGACUGGAUGUUUACGUCACCCAGAUCGCCAGCAUUUCUGCCAGCGCAUUCGCGGGCCUGCCUGUGCUGGAAGUACUGUCUCUGAACGACAACCAGAUCACCAACAUUGCUUCCAACACAUUCACAGGCCUGACUGCGUUGACGCGACUGUCUCUUUUCAACAACAACAUCACCAGUAUUCCUGCCUCUGCAUUUGCAGACCUGUCUGCGCUGACAUACUUGGAUCUGGCCGGCAACCAGAUGACCAGCCUUUCCGCAAAUGCAUUCAUAGGCUUGACUGAGCUGACCUACCUGAGUCUGACCUCAAACGAGAUCACCAGCAUUUCACCCGCUGCAUUCACAGGCCUGACUGCGCUGACUGAGCUGGUUCUAGAGAACAAUCUGAUCGCCAGCAUCUCCGCGAACGAUUUCGCAGGCUUGACUUCGCUGAAUCUCUUGAGAAUGCGAAACAACCAGAUCACCAGCCUUUCUGCAAACGGAUUCGCAGGCCUGCCUUCGUUGACUGAGCUAGAUCUGGAUCUCAACCUGAUGACCAGCAUUGAUGCCAGCGCAUUCGCUGGCCUGACUUCGCUGAAUCUUUUGAGCGUGCAAAACAACCAGAUCACCAGUAUUUCUGCAAACGGAUUCGCAGGCCUGCCUUCGUUGACUGCGCUGGGACUUGAGAGCAAUCAGAUCACCAGCAUUUCUGCAAAUGCAUUCGCUGGCCUGACUUCGCUGAAUUUCUUACGACUUGAGGGCAAUCAGAUCACCAGCAUUUCUGCAAAUGCAUUCGCUGCCGUGACUUCGCUGAGUGUGUUGAGUCUGCAUUUCAACCAGAUCACCAGCUUUUCCGCAAACGCAUUCACAGGCCUGACUACCAUGAUGUAUUUACUGCUGAAUAGCAAUCCCUUCACCACUUUGCCGCCUGGCCUGUUUCAGGGCCUGCAAAAUGGCCUGAUUUUGUCGCUUGAAGACUCAUCCCUGAGCCCCAACAACUUUACGUUCAAUGGGAACAUUUUCGCUCCGCCCAGCACAUACGGCAGUGCAUCCCAGCCUUACCCCGCAUCCGUUGCGACUGCCUCGACCGCCUCUGCAUCGGUUGCCUCGCUUGUUUCCGCCACAUCUACUCUGUCGGCGUCUGUUGCUUCCAUUGCUGCGGCAUCGUCAGCGUCCAUUGCAUCCCAGGCGUCUGCAUCAGCCGCCAGUGCUUCAUCUGUGUGGCAAACAUCUGCUGCGUCCGCUGCGUCCAACGCUCCAAACAAACCAAGCGACGCUUCUUCCCUGCCGAUCAUUCUCGGCAUCGUUUGUGGCCUGUUGGCUCUCCUCCUGUUGGUUGCGCUGGUUGUGGCGCUUCGCCGUCGUCGCUCCAACACGGCCACCAAACUUCGCGAAGCACCAUCCGGCUCAGAGUCGAACACCGUGUCAAACUUUGCGAAUCCAGCCUUUGCGGGUAUGGCUGCAACUCCUACCUACGAUAUUUUGUCGGCGAACCCAACCUACUACAGCACUUUGUCUGCUGCGACUGGCAACCACGCCUUGUACGAGCAUGUUGACUCCAAGCCCCAGGCUUCUGCGGGAUUGUCCGAACUGCAGUAUGCCAACCCAUCUGGCGUCGAGUACGCCAAUCCUUCUCUGCCCAAUCCCUCCUCUGUCGGUGUGCCGUCCGUGUCCUCACCGACCGCGUACGCGACCGUGGCUGUUGUACCUUCCAAGCAGGUCGAGAGUGGCAGUUACGCGUCCAUCGCAAACUAG